AUCUGCUGGGGGGGGCUGUUUAACACGUCUUUAACAAGAACAAAACAGUUCUCACAUGAUUGUGUGACGAAGAAUAAGGGCGUGAUCGACUUCAUUCGGUGCUGCGCGGUUUUGACUAAAGAGACAGCUUUCUCCACUGGGCAUGCGCACUUCAAUACCGCAUACUUUUUGUCACGCUGAAAACAGUUUAUUAUUUUUUAUUAUAAGGUUAGGUUCAGGGUAGGUGUAGGCGUUAACUAAUGCAAUUUAUUGUAAUUAUACGGCGAGAUUUUGCACCACUUCCGGCCGUAGCUGUAUCCCUUCUAGCAACAACCGUGCUGCGCAGAUCCAUCAAAGUACCGCGAGAGCAUACGGAGCAGUCUUCUGAAUCGCUCUCGCGGUAUUUUGAUGUCACAUUCCGGCGUGAUUUCAAACACACCGGCUAUAUACAGGUGGGAAUCCGUUUAAUUUGUCAUCGACGGAUGCAUGGCUUUACAUUUGCAUUGCUUUCAUGUGUUAUUGAUCUCAGGCCAGAUCGCGCGAAUUGUUUUAAGGUUUCGGCUUGUUGCUGUGCAGUGUGCAGACUGGAGCGCGUCAGGGGAGGAGGAGUCUGGACUCGGUUUCCAUGUCGACCAGCCGCUUGUAAAUAGCGUGUUUUCUUCUCCAUGCAACUCAAACACAUUCUUAGGACCCGCGUACCACAUCCGUCCGUGUCACUAGACACAACCAUCAAUUUGUUUUCUUUAGAAAUUUGCGAUUUGUAUACGGGUUUAUUUUGUAAUCAGUCAAAUAUUUGGAUGCGACAUUUCCAGAGAUGGAGAAGUAUGAGAAGAUCAGCAAGAUCGGUGAGGGCUCGUACGGGGUCGUGUUCAAGUGCAGAAACAGAGACACCGGUCAGAUCGUCGCCAUCAAGAAAUUUGUGGAGUCUGAGGACGAUCCCAUCAUAAAGAAAAUAGCGCUCAGAGAAAUCCGCAUGCUGAAGCAACUAAAACAUCCAAACCUGGUGAAUCUGAUCGAGGUGUUUAGAAGAAAGAGAAAGCUGCACCUGGUGUUUGAGUACUGUGACCACACUGUCCUCAAUGAGCUGGACAGAUACCCACGAGGCGUUCCAGAGCACAUGGUGAAAAGUAUCACUUGGCAAACGCUUCAAGCUGUGAACUUCUGCCACAAACAAAAUUGUAUCCACAGAGAUGUAAAGCCUGAAAAUAUACUCAUCACCAAACAUCAGGUCAUCAAACUCUGUGACUUUGGCUUCGCCAGGAUUCUCACGGGUCCAUGCGAUUACUACACGGACUAUGUAGCGACGCGGUGGUACCGAGCUCCAGAACUGCUGGUGGGAGACACGCAGUACGGACCACCAGUGGACGUCUGGGCAGUGGGCUGUGUGUUUGCUGAACUGCUCUCUGGCGCCCCCUUAUGGCCGGGUCAAUCGGACGUAGACCAGCUCUAUCUGAUCAGGAAAACACUGGGUGAGUUGAUUCCUCGACAUCAGCAGGUGUUCAGCACUAACCAGUUCUUCAGUGGAGUUUGUGUCCCUGAACCACAGGAGAUGGAGCCUCUUGAAGAAAAAUAUCCAAACAUCUCAUACCAGGCACUGAGCCUUAUGAAGGGUUGUCUGCAGAUGGAUCCAGCUGAGAGGUUGUCCUGUGAGCAGUUACUGGAGCAGCCGUACUUUGACAGCCUGAGAGAAGAGAGCGAGAGCGUGACACGUGAACCUGACCGCAAGAGACGGCCGCGCCAGCCACGCAGACACCUGCCCCCCGGGUAUCUGCCCCAGUUGGCCAGCAGUACCGUCUUCCCUGCAGUGGAGAACAAAAAAUACAACAACCUGCGCAAAUUCAACUACCACCUGCCCAACAUAUGAUGGACACGGACUGGUUAGGAACUGCAAAUGACCUGUCCAUCUCGUAGCUGGUGUGUGUGUGUGAGGUAGACAAAGGGCUCUGCUCUGCCCGUAGAACAAUGACGUCACACUGCCAAAACAAACACUCACAGAAGAGUAUAUAAUGAAUGACAACAGCAAUAACAAUAUUGUUAAUUAAAAUUAUGUUUUGCUGUGCUUCAUAGUUUUAUUAGAGACUGAGAUGCUGUAGAAGAGCUGGCGUUGUGGGAACUUUUUUUAACGUUUAUGUAACCUGUAUGUAUGUUUAAAGUGUAUAUAUGUGUUAUAGAAAUUCUAGAGACACAAUCAAGCCCAGACUGAAUCUUUUUUUCUGUAAAGGGAUAGUUCACCCCAAAAUAAAAAUUCUGUCAUUUAUUCACCCUCAUCAGUUAUCCAUCAUACUAUGGAAGUCAAUAGGGACCAAUGUUGUUCGGUUAACAAUCAAAAUAUCAUCUUAUGGGUUCUGCAGAAGAAGGUCGUACAGGUUUGAAUGACAUGAGGGUGAACUAUCCCUUCUGCACUGAUUCCUGGCAGUAAAUCUGAUUCAAUGUGUUCAACAGUGCUGAGACUAUACUCAUUGACAGCUGAAGGAAUAAUCAAACUAGCCAAAAAAAUCAAACAAACACGCCUCUGGGCCUUGACACAUGGUGUUUUGGUUAAAGUUUAUUACGCUUGUGGACUUAAUUUUCUUUUUGUUUUAUGACUGGUGCUAAUAAUUGACCAAAUGCCAAAUUCCAGAGACAUGAUUCACAAAUGUGUUUUUGUGUUCAGAUGUAGAAAUGAAUGGAUUGGAAAUAGACCUACUGCUUUUGUUUGUUUUGAGACUAAAUCAUUAAAAGAUUUUUCUGCAACAUA